CCCCCCCCCCCCCAAAAAAAACAAAAAAAUGAAUUCGUUUGAUGUUUGUUGUUUUGGUACACACACUCUUGUUUUGCAUUUUGUUUUUCAUGCAUCUCUUGUGCUUGGAAAUUGAUAGCUUUGAGGGCACUCAUGGGUUAGUUUUUGAAUACAUAGAAGAACAAAACCAGCAGCAACUCAAGGGAGUAGAAAGGCAUGAUGUUUCAACAAAGCUACGUUUGAGAUGGGUUUAGUGCAUUUUGCUCCCCCAGUAAAUUUUUGUUGUAGUUACCAUAAAUUGUCACUUGCUCUGCAGGAAAUCAGCAACUGAAGGAUCUAGUGCUGUUCCAACUCGUAAGUGGAUUGAUUUGUUAAUCUAUGUAGCCUACAGCAGAACUCCCAUUGCUUGUUUUUAUGUUUUUUUUAAUGGACUUGUUGAAUGAUGGACAGUACUCCUAUAUAUUAGUCAGGAGAGUAUAGUCAGGCUGCUUCUAUGCUUUGCUCUUGAAGUGCGUCACAACAUUCCAUUUCUUGAUAGGGAUAUGAACUGAGUCGGGAAAAUUCCAAAACAUUUUCAGUUGCGUGUCACUGUGAUUCUUAAUAUAUUUCGGAUGGUUGUAGGGAGCUGCUGAGGAUAGUCAGGCUGCUUCUAUGCUUGAGGACCUGACAAAGGUUUGGUUCUGUUAAGCUGUUGAUAUAUCAAGGAAUUUAUUUGCCAGUGCUGCUCAAUCAAUGCUGUCUAGCACAAGCUUACCUGAACUGACCUUUUGUGUUAUACGGGAGAAGCCAAGUGACCCUGAUGUUUUCCGUUGCUUGGAGAAGCUAAAUAUAAACCAAAGGAUUAUGAAGGAAGCGCAAAUGCAAAUAAGAGUUCUGCAUUGGUGUCUAAAUAUCUCGAUUUUGAAGUCCUACGUGGCUGUACAAAUGCAUUACUUGCAUGAGGCUGUAAAUUUCCUUCUUGCCUCUCAACAACAACUGCAAGCACAAAUCUCAGAAGUAAGAAGUGAAAGCAGUACAAAGGAAGCAGAGGUCCAGAAGGUGGACCCUGUUCAGGUGGAUUUGCUAGUGGGGAAAGCAUAUUAAGACUGGGGGCAUGUUAGUGAUGCUGUGGCUGUUUAUGAUCAGCUCAUCUCUGCUCACCCUGAUGACUUCCGAGCUUACUUGGCCAAGGUUGGUCUUCUUCCUUUCUUUCCUUUUUAUUAUUAUAUUAUAUACUAGCGUCCAUGUCUGCAUCUGGUGCUUGUAAUGUACAGGGAAUUAUUUUAAAAGAAAAUUUUGAGAUCAUCUCUAAUUAUCAUGACUACUUUGUUGUUAGGCUUUACAUAAAUAUAAAUAUAAAUGGGCUAUUAUGCAUGCAUAGGCAACAUCUUUUGCACCAGAGAAAGCCAAGGUACUUGUCCAUCGUUAGUCAAGACAGUGAAGGCCCCCAUUUCUUGUAGACAAGCUUUUGGAGAAGAAGCUUCUCAGUCCCUCACUAUGUCCGUUGGAGUUGGAUUUGAGAAUUUUAUAGGAAAUAUAGAAUGUUAAACAUGUUAGAAAUGUAGUUUCUUUAGGGAAAUUGGUGAAAUUUUUUAACACUUUUUGGAGAAGUGUAAUGUCCUAUUAACAUUCAUUCGUAAGCACAACCACACAAGUUAAAGAAGCCAAAGAUUUUAUCAUACGGAACUGAUUGUAUGGGCAAU